UAGCGUGGCGCGCGGCGCUUGCGCUCAGCGAAGCAGCGUGUCCUGCGCGAGAUUGCAGCUCUGCCAGUGCCAUCCGCGGGACGAGAGGAGGGACAUGUCCCAGCAUCCGACAGACCUGCCUCUCCGGACCUAAAUGCUGCAAAGCAAUCGGGUUUCCGAGUCAUCGUGGACUAAUAGAUGGAGAAGAAACGGGCGCACUGUCAGGUGACAUUGAGCCCAGAGUUUUCUCCUUUGGCACAAAGAACAGAAUAUUCAGACUGACCCAGCUGGAGUACACGGUUUCACCUCUGGCAAAAGAACCAGCACCAUUUCAGUGAAAAAGUAUGACUCACACACUCUCAGCCUUCACUCAAAGCCUGACUGCUCUCACACAUUAGCAGGGCUGAAGAGGAGACCUGCAGCUACAGUACCAGAAUUCAAAUCUCUGAAGUGGAUCAUCACAAAGCAUCUGCAGAAUAAGGCAACUUGAGAGCAUUCAUGGAAAAACAUAAUUGCCAUGGAUUUCCAAGGACAAGAAAGAACAAGAAACAGGAGAGGCAGAAUUUCCCCUAACUGAAAAAAAAUGAAAAAAGAAAUUGUAUAAUUGUAAAAAUUGUAGCGUUUCAUAUUAUUCCUUUGAAGAAGCUCUUCUCACAUUAAGCAAUAAUGUUUACAGAAUGCUCCAAAACUGUACAAUCCAUGCAUAUGCUAUAUGGUACAAAAUAUUAUGCGAUGCUCUGAAUGGACAUAAGUGAACUGAUCGUUCAUACAGUCUGGAAUAAACAGUACCUCAAGCUUUCAUCUUAUUUUAUGGAGGCCUUGCAUAGCCCGUUGACCACAGGGGAGCAAUCUGGAGGUUUAGAAAAGCAGAAUGAGACUCCGGUGGACAGCCCCCAGCCACAUUUAGUCCCACAGUAUCAUGAACAGAACAAGGUUGUCACCGAGCAGCAGCAUGCACAACAGCAAAAACAACAGCAUCUUAAUAUUGAGAGAAAACGUCUCAGAUUGCAGAGGAAAACUGCUCAGGAGACAGAGACUGUUGAAGAUGGAACGUCACAGAGAAGAUCUGAAUGUCUUGACACUAACAUGAGGCAGCCUAGUGAAAUGCCAUCUGGAGCUGCAUCCUCAGCAGUAUCAGCUAUACCGUCCUGUUCCACGGAUGAGGCCCUGGAAGGUACACCUAGACAAAAACGUGAGCGUAAACCUCAAAAGCCCGGAAAGUAUGUGUGCUCAUACUGUGGUCGGGCUUGUGCUAAGCCCAGUGUGCUUCAGAAACAUAUUCGAUCCCACACUGGAGAGAGACCUUACCCCUGUGCACCAUGUGGGUUCUCGUUCAAGACUAAAAGUAACCUUUACAAACACAGAAAGUCCCACACUCAUAGGGUGAAAGCUGGUCUGACUGCAGAAACGGAGGGACCAGGUAUAAGUUUUUCAGAGGAGCCACUUACAGAAUCAGAUGAAGAAAGCCAACCAUCUUCCUUUUUAGAAAAGCAAAGAAUGUCCAUUGAAAAGUCAAAUGUCACAGACAAGGGCUCUGAGGGACAGUUACAAGGUAUAGAAGACUCCCAUGCAGUUAAAAAGAGACUUGCAAUGAGACUUAGCAGAGGAAGACGAACACCUAUAGGAUCAUCUGAUGAAGCGUCCUCAUCGUUUGGUCUAAGUAGCAAAGGUAGCACAGAGUCUGGCUAUUUCUCUCGAUCUGAGAGCACAGAAGUCUCUCAAGAUAGUCCACCAAACACAAGUGCCAAAAGCUAUGCAGAGGUCAUACUUGGAAAGUUUGGUCGCCUUGGUCAUUUACAAAGGAAUGCUCAUGAACAACAUGGCAAUCCUGCUGGGCAAGAAGGGAAAAGAAUUCCAUUCACUGUGCCUAAAAAGCAAGUUAUUGACCACAUAACUAAACUCAUUACCAUCAAUGAGGCUGUGGUAGACACCAGUAAGAUUGACAGUGUCAAACCCAGAAGGUUUUCACUCUCUAGGAGAAGCAGCACAGAAGUCAAGCCAACCUCUUCUAAAGAGUCCUUUCUUCAUAGUCCAAAAGAAAUAGAUCUGAGUGCAAAGAGCAGUGGUUCCAUUACUCUUGGUGUUCCUUGUGAGAAAUUUCAGCACCAUUCUCUUAGUAUCCAGCAAGCUGACCCGACCACCACUGCUCCUCUUCUAAGAAGUCACUCUAUGCCCUCAGAUGCAGGUGUUAGUGAUGUGUCUGAAACUUCUCGUAGCCUUCGCCUUAGCCAAUCCUUUGAUGACCAGCAGCCAGUUCAGAAUCGGCGUCACGGUAUGCUAAGACGGCAGCCUGCCAUUGAAUUGCCCAUAGGUGCUGAAAUGACCAUGGAGGAACAAUCCUAUUCCAGCUCACCAUUGCAUCCCUCAGUUUCUACAGUGCCUGAUCCCAGCCUAAAACAAGAGUCAUUUGAAUGUGAUGCAUGUAGUAUAGUUUUUACCGACUGGGAGAGAUAUCAAACACACAAACAGCACUGCUGCAUGGUUCAUAUUUCUCAACAAACUGAAAGUCAAGUCUAUCAAGUGGAAGAACCCACAAGAACACACACAACUCGUCCUGGUGCUUUUGCAUUUAGAAAAAGAAGGAAAGAAGAGAGUGUUGAACUUGAAGAUCCUUCUUUACCUUCUGUUUCUUAUAUACCACUGAAAGGUUAUAAACCAUCUUGUGAACAGCCUGUUAAAGGGACCACUCACGAACAUGGUACAGAAGGUGCUUUGAAAGGAAUAUCUGUCAUACAGCAUACUAGUUCAUUUGAAAAACAUGAUAGUACUUUAAAAACCCCUGGACCAGAUGAGGUCUCUCACUCUCAUGAUGUCUCUCACUGUUCUCCUUACUCACAAUCAAAGCAGCAGGCAAGUAAACCAUCCUUCCGUAAACUUGUACGUCAACACAAUGUCCAAGUGCCAGAAAUCCUGGUGACUGAAGAUUCAAACACCAACAUCAUGGCAGCAUCACCCCCUCCAACUGUCCCCAAAAUAAAGGACGUUGAAAAAGUCAGUGAGUUCCAAUGGCCCCAAAGAAGUACAACUUUGGCCCAACUUCCAAUUGAGAAGUUACCACCUAAAAAGAAACGUCUUCGUCUCGCAGAAGCUGCCCAGUCAUCAGGGGACUCAAGCUUUGAAUCAAUGUCCCUGCCUCAUAGUCCAAGUCAAGACAGUUGUGUGUCUCAUACGUCCAGUCGAUCAACUUCAUUUGAAGAGGCUUGCAAAGGUGAUGCAGACACGACACCAACUAGGAGAUCAAGAGCCACUCAUACUUUGACAAUUCCCACAAAUUCUCACCGGGAAAUGAGGCGCUCUGCAUCUGAGCAGGCGCCCCAUGUUCCUCAACAUGCUAACCUUAUUACGGAAACUCGCAGUAAGUCGUUUGACUACAGUAGUUUGUCUCCAGAUCGAACCCCUGCAGGAUGGAGAGAAAGGCGGAAAUGCCUUCUAAUGAGGCAUAGUGCAGUGAGGGAACCUGAGGAGGAAGACCAAUCUUCUAAAGCCAUCAACACCAGUUAUCCCACUCGAAGGACUAACACAUCACCUAGCUAUAGCCCAGGCACCUCCUACAGUCCAACCACCACCCAUCUUGUGACCUUAAGCAAUACUUUACAUUCAUUUGGUGAGAAGCAGGCCAUGCAAUCACAGUAUGUUUUAUCAGAGAAUACCCAGCAGAAUGCAUUGCAGUUGACCCCAAUGAUUCACACUGAUCAGCUUACAACAGUGGGAAGUCUUCUUUGUCCAUCAGGUGCUGCCAGAGCUCAUUAUUCUUCAAUGUCGACGGGACUAAAGCUUGAAAUUCCACUGGAGAAUGAACUGGUGAAUUCUGAUACAAGGGUCAACCAACCAUACCUCACUCAUUAUCACCAUCAGAAUCUUGAUUUUGAUGUUACUUCAAAUCCAGAACCACUGAGACCUUUACCAGCCCAGAGAAUUCCAGUCCGUCUCAAUUCACACCUUCCUCAUUAUGCAGGCUCAAUUUACACUACAGUUUCACAAACAUUUACCGCAAGGCCUCAGGAACCUUGCUGCUCUGGAGUCAGUUCAGUUGCAGUGGCGUCGAAGUUUGAAAUCAUGGACCAACAGCCAAUAUCUGAUGGAUCCAAAUCAGCAAGUGCUGGUGCAACCAAACGUGUGCUGUCCCCCACGAACAGUGAGGAGCUCAUCCCAGAAAGUGAGCAACAACAAAAACGAGUGAAAGAGGAGGAGGACAAUCAGGAAAAUGAAAGUAGAAAUGAUAAAGUUUUGAUCGAAUGCAAGAAGGAAGACAGACUUGGUGAGCAAAGUGUCAUCUUCCCUAUAGAACACAAAGAACCAUCAUUUCCGAAUCUUAACACUAACCUUAAUUUUAGCUGGUGCUAUCUAAACUACAUAAAGCCCAAUCCAUCCAUACAGAGUGAACAACAAAACUCAGUCUAUUCCUCAUGGUGUACAAGUACCCGCAACCCAUACCCUCCUGGCCUGACAAGCAAGGACAUGCUAUCCCUGUUGCACUGCAAGCAGAGACAUUCAGGACUCAUCUACACCACGGCGGACAUGUCACCCUCGCUGGACAGGAAACAAGAAACACCUGACUCCCAAAAGCCUAACGUGACUGAGGUACAUGCCACCCAGCCCACAGAACCGAAAGAAACCCAGCAAGCUGAGUUGACAGAGGCAGAAAAGAAAACAUCGGAGAAGAAGGAGGAUCAACUAUUUACCUCCAAAUACAGCUCACGGGUUCAGAUUUGUGAGGGAGGCUUCAGGUCGAGUGAGGAGUACGUGUAUGUCCGGGGCCGUGGGAGGGGCCGAUAUGUAUGUGAAGAGUGUGGAAUUCGCUGUAAGAAACCCAGCAUGCUGCGCAAACACAUACGACUGCACACGGACGCUCGGCCCUACGUCUGCCAGCACUGCAACAUCGCCUUCAAAACCAAAGGGAAUCUUACUAAACAUAUGAAGUCAAAGGCUCAUGGGAAGAGAUGUCCAGAGGGAACUGCUCCAGGACCGGUCCAGUGUGAGCUUGAGACAGAUGAGGGAGGUGACAGCGAUAAGCAUCUCCUCGAGACGGAGCUGGUGGAGGAGCAUCAGUUCUCAGAUGCAGAGGAGACAGAUGUGGAUGAGCCUGAAGAUAAUGAUGAAGGUGAUGAGCAAGUUUCGUGCUCGUCCUCGUCGUCGAAGACCCCGUCUCUGUCCAGAGACCCUCCUGGCUCCUGUGGCGUCUCAGGCCUGUCAAACCCAGGCUGGGAGCAGCAUCCCAAAGCACCUGUCAGCAUGAGCCCCCGCAAACCGAGCCACUACGGAGAAGCCUCCUCUCCUAAGACCACCAAGUCUGUCGUAACCCUUCCACUCCUCGAACCCGCAGCAGGGAAGUGCUCCUCCCCAGUCCGCAGCCUGUCUCCUGGCCUGCAAAUGUCCCCUGCUUUACCGCAGUCUCCUGGACGCUGUCCCUCGCCGAGACUCAGUCUCUCUCUGGCAUCCUGUCUAUCCUCUUUGUCUGCUUCAAACCACCCAGCCUCGUCUUUCCCAGAGAGACGUGUGUCCCCCAUUAGAGCCCUGUCCCCCAUACAACCUGUGUCUCCCAGUUGUCCCCUUGCACUGACCGUCGGGGCCAGUGUGACUAUUCAGUACCCUGCCGAUAAACCCAGAGAUUCAACAAAAGCCCCGUCCAGCAGACUACACCUCAAGACCAAACUGGAGAAGACACACAGUCCUCAGAGAAGGACCGGCAUGACACAGUCUUGGCCUCCGGCACAGGGGUGUCUCUCCAGGAACACGCAGCCCAGGGAAGGCCAGCGUGUGUUAAGUCACCUGCCCCUGCACUCGCAGCCCCAGGUGAUGAUUCCCAGCCUCAGCCUCACCAUUCCCAUCGGCGGCAUCCAGAUGGUGCAGCCACGCUCCAAUAUGCUGCUCCGAAGCGCAUCUCUGAACCACAGCGUGGCCCAGAUGACCGUCACCGUGCUGACGAAGGAGAAAGGGGCCGAUGGGAGUCCUGCAGGUGAAGUUCCUCAUCCCAGAAAUCAGCUGAUAGUGUUCACAGAGCCUGUGGUGGAGAUGAGCUCGAAGAGCGAUGCUUCCUCCGAUGAAGGAGUGGUUCAAGCAGAGCUCGUAUCAAAAAAGAGGGAGGUUCCCAGUGUUCCCAUGACCACCUGGAAGAGUAUCUCUCAAAGAAACAAUAGAAAGAAUUCUCGAAGUCCCAAGAAGGCUCAGCCAGUGGACGCUUCAAGAACAUCCAUGGAUGCUAAGUGUUGAAGGAAAAGUUCAGCCAAAAAUGAAUACGUUUUCAUGAUUUAUGCACACAUUUGUCUUUUCAAACUUGCGUGUUAGGCACAAUGAUCAGUUUUGCUCUUUCCACACAAUAGCUUUUGGUAUUGGCCAACAGGGUUGGAAAUUAACGGGAGCUUGGGGCAAAAUGCAACCAAAAGGAACAAAAAUGUCCCCAAAUUCAAAAUAAGGGUGCAAAAAUCGCCCCUGCACAAUUAAACUAGUGAAGUUAUUAACGUAAUUUCAGGAGGGGAACAUUAAUAUCUGAGUUUGAAUAGAGCCUCUUACCACUUCCGUGGUUAGUACUUUCGGCAUCCCUCCUCCUCCCCAUCUCCACCUUUUAUGCAUAUUUAUUUAUUUAUCUUUCUGUCUAUAUGGGGGCUAUCGGACCUUGAGUAGAAUAGUCUCUCUGAGCCCUCUAUUGCAGACAUCAAGUCAAAUCUGUUUACCACUAAUGCUAAGUUUAUAUGGGCACAAGAACUUGUGAAACUAUAUUAUUUCUGUAAUGUGAAAAUGAAUGAAAAGUGAUGAUUUUGGCAUCACGUUUAGAUCUGCUCAUAUUGCAUCAGAUUGCUUCUCAUCAGAUCUCAUCAGUGUUUUUUUUUUUUUUUUUUUUUUGCAGAAUUGAGCAUCAUAACCAAUCACACGUUUUUUGUUGAGCUCAUGAAUGCUAUGACCAGUCAGAGGCAUUUAGAUUGGUCACUGCUGAAAACACCAGUUUUGUUCAGCGUUCACCUUCUCUGACUGAAUUGUGCUCUCUUGUCAAAUACUCGGAUCAUAAACAACAAUGUGCAGAUGCAGUACAAAGAGUCUUGAUUUUCUAAAGUGUAAACAGCAAUAAACUAAUUCAUAAAUGGUUCUUAAGCUUGUUUUGUCUGUGUAGCCAGAUUAUUAUGUGCGGUUUUCCCAAACAUUUAAAGUGCCCCUAUUAUAGAUUUUUGAAAAUUACCUUUCAUGCAGUGUGUAACGCAGAUCGAAGUAAAUGAAAACAUCCUGCAAAGUUUUAAAUCUGAAAGUGCACCGUGUAUAAAGUUAUUGUCUCUUAAACAAAAGAGUCGACUCUGAAUCAUUGAAAUGAGUCAUUUUUAAAACGAAUCCCAGCCAUUUCAUGUUGACGUCAACAUGAAAUAUAAGCAUAUUGCCCGCCCACUUGUUGGUAUUUUCGCAUUAUUCUGGAUGAAACUGCAUAUUCAUUAUUUGCCACUAGGUGCCGCUUUUGAAACGUAAAAAUAGCAGUUUCCCCGGAAACGCUGUACACAAAGCAGCACUGUGCUCACAAACGCAGCUUUAUCAGGCGUUACAGGUAUGAUGAAAUCGGACCAAUCACCGCAGAAAAUUUAAGAAAAUUAAUCAUUGAGUAAAUCGUUUGGGAGUUGUUGAGCAAGUAAGGUAAAAAUAAAUGCAUAUUAUAAGACAAUGAAAGUGUUUUUUGACCUUGCAUGCAUGUCAACCUUUUGUUGGGGACUCCCAAAACCAAAAUAUGACCUUUCAUAACCCAUAAUAGGGGCACUUUAAGACAAUACAGAUAUGUUUAAUAAGUUUUUUUCUUUUUCUUUUCUUUUUUUUUUUUUAAUACCCUAAAUAUCCACAAAUGCAAAUAUUGCCCCUUAGUGGAAAAGUUAAUUUCUGACCAUGUUGUCCAACAUGUAAGAUAUUUCAUCAUGCGCUACUUUUAAAGAUACUUGAAUCGGAAGGGAAGAUUGUCACUGAAUAACAACUUAUAUGGGUCUUGAAUUAAACUAUGAUUUUAUGGAAUCUUGUUAGUCCAAAACAGCUUUUAUUGAAACUAAGCUGCCAGAAGAACUACCUCUGGGUUUUUAUGACAUAAUAGACAUGAAAACAUCAGCAGAUUUCAAUUCUACAUCUUUGAUUUUUUUGGCCCGCCCACAUGCAGGAGAAAUAAUAAAACAGGAUCAUAGUUUUUGCAGGCUUUGCAAACAGACAUUUACAGAAAGAUUAUGGACCCACCAAAUGUAAGCGUGUUAAUGGUAAUAUAAGGACUCAUUUACAGUCAGAUGUUCUUUUGUUAACUGUUGUUUUUGUGGUAGUGAAUCAAGCCUAUUUUCCAGAAUUGCCCCGCAUGAGAUUUCUUAAUUUUCUUAAGAUAUCUGGGUUUUUGCUCUCUAC